AUGGAAGGCCAGGGAGAACCCCCCAACCAGCGCGCAGCGCUCCCCCUCGCGGCCGCGCCCGACGCCGCCCCUACGGUUCCCGGAGGCCGCAGAGAUUACUUCGGCCGCCUCCCCGACCACCUCCUCCUACGCAUCCUCCUCCGGCUCUCCACGGAGGAAGCCGCCCAGACGAGCGUCCUCUCUCAGCGAUGGCGCGGCGUAUGGGCUCAACUUCCCCGCCUCGAAUUCUACCAUGUGGAAUCCUCCGUGCCCGCCCGCGCCCUCGCCGUCUACGGGGAGCUCGACAUCGAGAGCCUCACCGUCUACUCAAACCAGAUGGACUGCCAGAGUACAGCCUCCUGGCUGUCCCUCGCCGCACCCCGCCUUUCCGGUAUGCUCUACUUCGACAACAAUCAUACUGUGUCGCAGGAGACGAUGCAGUCGUUUCUGCACGAAGACGACAACGAGGCGGUGAUGCAAAGAGGCUCGUUUGAGUUGCCGUGCUUCAAGAAAGCCACAGCCAUUCGGAUGGACCUUGGCUUUCUUGGCCUAGCGCUGCCACCGGCUGGCGUCUUUGAUGCGCUCAGGGUGAUGCGGCUGGUCAACUUCUGGUCCCGAGACCAAUUUGGUAUCAGCGAUACUGUGCUGCCGUCAUUGCAGGAGUUCUUCAUCCGCAGGGUCCGUGGGCUGACCGUACUCACUCUCAAAUCGAAGUCUCUCCUGGAUAUUCAUCUGUCCUUCCUUCCUCAGCUUCAGAAUCUUGACAUCGUGUCUCCAAGCCUCAACAAGUUAGAAGUGACGUUUUGCUUUUAUGAUGUGCCGGAAUCAAGGGCAAACAUUGCUGCCGAGAGAUUGGAGAUUCUCAGGUGGGAAGUACCUUGCGUUCCAGAUACUGUCAACCUCAGAAAGAUGUCAUCCAUCUGGGUGCUUGGAGCCCCUCCAGUAUCCACUCUUUGGCAGGAAACAAUUUCUGCUGAAUUUCUCAAUUGCUUUCAAGCAGUUGACAACCUUGAGCUCGAUAUGAUUUUUGGUGUGAGUUCCUCUUCUCUUUUACAGUACCUAAUUGUGCUUUCACAGUUUCACCAAAUCUUGGAAGUGGAAAAACAGGUAUAGUUGGAGCAGGAAAGCAGCAAUAAAAGUUAAGAGGCAGCACUUUUGGCAUUGUAGUACAAAAUUCAAGUGAUUUUGACUUCUCAGUAGGAUGUGUACUGGUAGUUUUGUAGUUUUUGGUGGAUAUGCAGGGAUUGCUAGAAAGUUUGCAUGGAAAAGUUUAAAUGUAAGGCUGCAGUUUUUCAGUCUGUCAGGUGUAAAUUAACUGUUCAUCAACAUUCAAUCUCUUAUUCAAUCACUGUAUCCGAUUAGUUAACUGCUGCGAUUGGAAACUCACUCAAAUAUUCAGUUCGCUGUCACUAGUCUUUAGUGCAUAACGUUUAAGUCUAAAAUUAUAUGUGCUAGUAUAUUGUGGAGGCUACAUAUUUUGGAUAUCCCUGUGGAUGAGUCCCUCUGAGUACUCGAGACUGGACAUAACAUUUUUACAUUCAAGCUACUUCAUAAUCUCAUCACUGGAGUUCAGAUGGUGUAUUGGCGAACUUAUGAAACUACUUUCUGUUUCUCGUUGACUUGUGCAAGCUGAUCUGACAAGCCUGGGAUGAAUGGGCGGCCCCUCUUGAUGGAAGACAUAACCAUCCGUUAUGUGCAAGUAUUAUGGUUAUACCUAGAAACAAAUGGCCACGUUUUUGAAGGAAGGGUGCUUCAAUUGCUCACAAGGUGUUCUGGUAUAAGAGAGCUGAACCUUUCAUUCCAACUCCGGGAAAAGUUGCAAUAUUUCUGCGCUCUGGACUGCAUCUGCCACGACGAGCCAACAGUGGGAGAUGCUAAGGCUUUUCAGAUGAAAACACUAAAUAAGCUGUAUAUUGUCAAUUUCCACGGGUCGCCUCGUGAAGUAUGUUUGGUGGAAGAGCUGGUGCUGAGGGCACCGAUGCUUCAGUUUCUCACAGUAAUUUCAAAGGUCAAGGAUCACUCGCUGGAGGGCAUUGAUGACAUACGCCAUCUGGAUUGUAAGUUUGAGAUUUUCUUGGAUACGGAGUAGAAAAGAAGAUGUUGAUCCCUGACUGCUCUUAGAACUCCGAAACAUACGUAUACAUGUACAUUCUACAUUUUCGGAAAGAACCAUCGUGUACACGGCUGGUGUAUUUGUAUGAUAAAUGAUGAUUGAGGUUGAAAAAUCUCGUAUAUUGGGUGCAUGAAUAUGGGUCA